AUUCAAUCAGAUUGUGUGCUUUGAUCACCUGGGCCAGUAGAAUGGCUAAUGUAGAGCAGAGGGUUAAUGGCCCUACUUAUUGUGAAUUCAAGGUGGAAAAUUAUGAUCCUGAUGAUCCCGAAUAUCAACGACAGUUAUGGAGACGACCUGACAUUGAACAAGACAUGAAAGAGAUGGAAAGGAGAAAAAGAGUAGAAACAAUUAUGAAUAGCCAGAUGUUUCGAGAAGAACUUGAGAGAAUAAUUGAGUCUCGGAUGAAUGAUGGAUCUGGCACUAACAGCUUAACUGCUCUUAAACAAGUUUCAGAUCUUCUCCUUCCUCCUGCCUCUCGUAUUUCUUCUGCUCUGCAUACUGCUCGCUGUCUUCUGCCUAUUAAUGACAUCAGAGGAGUGGAUAGUUUACGUUAUGCUAAGGGUGAGAAAAUACUGAGAUGCAAGCUUGCUUCUGUCUAUCGGCUAGUGGAUCUGUAUGGGUGGUCUGAUUCUAUCUACAAUCAUAUUACAGCUCGAGUUAGCCAGGACCAAGAACAUUUCCUUCUGAACCCCUUUGGCCUCCAGUACCAUGAAGUCACGGCCUCAUCACUUCUAAAGGUCGACAUGCAGGGUAAUGUUAUUGACCAGGGUUCCAGUAGCUUCAACUUUAACCGGGCAGGUUUCAUGCUUCACUCAGCCAUUCAUGCUGCUCGUCCAGACAUAAGGGCUAUAAUUCACAUUCACUAUCCUCCUUGUGUUGCAGUGUCAGCAACAAAAUGUGGACUUCUCCCUAUUAGUCAAGAGGCAGCAAUUGUUGGUGAUGUCAGUUAUCAUAACUAUCAAGGGAUUCUGGUGAAUCCAGCAGAAAGAGAAGCAUUAGCCCGAAAUUUGGGACCUAUCAACAAGGUUAUGUUCCUGAGGAAUCAUGGGGUUGUUGUUUGUGGUGAAUCACUUGAGGAAGCUGUUUUCCAGCUACGCAAUGUUGUCACAGCUUGUAAAACACAGGUUCGUCUUAUGCCUCUAGGCAUAGAAAAUAUCCAGAUUAUGUCUGAAGAAGCCCAAAAAAAGGUUAGAGACAUGGUGAGAUCUGGUGGUCAGCAUGUGCAGGGUAAAACAGAUGAUGCCUUGAAUGGUGAUGAGGACAAGGAGAAAGCAGAGCCUAAAGAGAAGCCAAAGAAAGCCAGAGUUUGGGAUUUGGAGUUUGAGGCCCAAAUGAGGAUGCUAGAUAAUGCUGGAUUCAGAAGUGGGUACAGUUACAGGCACCCAUUGUUGAGGUCAGAAGCUCCAAGAACCAAAAAUGAUGUAGAAAUCCCACCAGCAGCAUCAUCAUUAGCUCAGUUUUUGGAAGAGGAGAAAUGGUUAAGUCCACUAAAGAAGUUAUUGGAAGGAAAGAAAGCCCAGGACAGACUGUGUUGGAUUAAUUCACCCAAUGUAUAUCAGAAAGUUGAAAUUUUGGAAACUGGCACAAGUGAUCCCAAAAAAAUAACAAAGUGGGUAGAAGUGGAUGGGAAUGGGGACAAUGACUCAUGGGUACAGGAAGGAUCACCAUCCCAUAGCUCUUCUGUAAAAAUAGAGAGUACUCAUCAGUUUCUCCCCAAGAAUACUGGUGAUCCGAAAGAAUUUAAACAGAAACAAAAAGAGAUAAAAGCCAAUAGAAUGAAGUCUACAAUAACAGCUGGACCACAGUCUCACAUUCUUGAAGGAGUCUCCUGGGAGGAGGCUAAAAACCUGCAGGAUGCCAGGAUUAGUGGUGUUGGUGAUCAGGUAAUAUUAGUUGGAGCUGCAUCCAAGGGAAUCAUCCAGCGAGAAUUCCAACACAAUGCCAUGGUUUAUAAGACUGCGUAUGCAAAGAAUCCGUUUGAUAAUAUCACAGAUCAGGAACUAGAAGAAUACCGUAGGGUUGUUGAGAAAAAACAAAAGGGAGAACUAGUGGAGGAGGAAAUACCAGAAGAAAUAAAACAUCUGUUGAUAGAACCAGUGGCAGUACCAGAACAUCAACAACCAGUUGUGACAACCCCUGCAGACUCGCGAUCACCUCCUCAUUCUCCCACUACCCCUGUCUCUGAAGAUGAAGGCACUCGUAGAGUUGAUACAGAUACCACCCAAAAACAAUCUCAGCAGAAAACACCAGAGCUGCAGAUAAUCGUCACUGACGUUUUUGACGCCUCGAAUGAUCCAAGUGUUCAACGUUCUCACUCUGUCCGACUAUCACCAGAAGCUGCUGAGAGUGAACAUGAGAAGUACUUCCAACGUCGUGCUUUUUCAGAACGUAAGCCUAAACAAAAAUCCAGUGAUACUGCAGUAAAUGGAGAAAAGUUGAGGUCAACAGAAAGUGGAGAUGUAUCAGCUGCUUCUCGCAGCAGUAAAGAGGGAUCUCCAGCCAAGGAUAUUAGUGAAGGAUCACUUAAAAAAGACAAGAAGAAGAAAAAGGGCUUGAGAACUCCAUCUUUUCUGAAAAAGAAGAAGCAUAAGAAAGAAAAAGAAGACAAAGAAAAGGAAAAAGAAAAGUCUGCUGCAUAAACAUAGGAUUUUGGUGCAAGCCUUCCAGUCUCAGUCUUGUUGUUCAGUGAAACCUUCCACCUCUUUAUAUGCUUCUGUUGCCAUGGGUACAGUUGAAAGUUAGUAUUUGAUGAGCAGCAGUGUUGUGGACAUCAUUAAAUGAAGGUUAUCUUUUCUUUAAACUGAUGUUGAGACUAGGCAGCACAUCCACAAAACUUGCACAGUAAAAAGAAAAGUGGCAAGACAUGAUGUAAUAUUUAGCUUUGUUGUAUACAAACUUUUAAUAUUUGCUGGUUUUGAGCUUUAGGAAUAAGCAGAUGUUGGCUUCUUUAUUUUGACUGAAGAGGAUUUUCUUUGAAUACAGUUAUUUUUUAACGAGUGCCUGUGAAAAGAUUUUUUUUUCCACAUCAUUACUUCUUCACAAUCUACAGAAAGCUUUUUAACCAGUUCUUUUUUUUUUUUGUAAUAUUUGAUAAUAAAGUACUUGUAUAUUGGGUUUUUAUCAUGUAAAUGUGGUUUUGUUUUACCUUUGGUUUCAUUGCUAUGUUCCUUACAAUAAUAAUGUUUGUGAAUUGUCUGCUCCUGCCUGGUUGCUUAGUAUGUUUCUAUGAGAAUGAAGGUAGGCAGCUUCUCAAUCCUUGCUUAAGUUUUGCCUAGAAAUUGGUAAUUUUUUUCUUUUUGUUAGAUCAGUGUAUUAACAGACUACUUCUGUUUUAUGUUUUAGUCUAAAUAAGUAUUAUAUGCAUUUUUCACUGAACCCUGUGCUAAAGCCAGCCUGUGCUAGGUGCUACUUAGCAAAACCAUUUCUGGUUUCCAUGCUUGUCUGGGCUUUUAAGUAAUAUUUUAUUUACGAUGAUUUUAACUUCUUCAAUUAUGUAGUAUUCUUUAUUAUUAUUAUUAUUAUUAUUAUAUAUUUUUUAUUUUUUUAGUAAUUAAAAGUAAAAAAUUUUUUUUUUUGACAAUCUUUGUAUUCUUUCACAUCCAUUUCCUUAAGUAUUAAACAUUUAGUUUAGAAAAUUAUUUCAAUUUAAAACUGUUUGGUAAAGUAUAGAAAAAUUGUAUUAUAUUUUUGAUGACAUUCUGUAUUGUUGACUUUCAGGGACUAAUGUUGCUGUAUUCAAAAGAUAAGUGGAUAAGUGAUGGAUUUUGAAAAGAUUGUUUCACAUUGCAAUUAAAUUGAAGUAAAUAAUACUGCAAAAUGUUUGUUUAAAAUAAAUUUAUUUACAUACA